UCUAUGUUCAAGACUGCCAGUCAACGGAAAGCUCUCAUGAUUACUGAAGCCUAAACGCGAUAGCUAGAGUGAUUUGAUGCUUUUUCACGGGCAGAUACUAAAGGAAAUUUUGUUCUUUUCUCCUUACCGUCUUCGUCUGAACUCGAAAUUAACUUACAUUUGUGACGGAAAAUCUCAGAGCCGGUGGACCACGGUUAAAUAAUUUCAAGGAUGUCGCUAGCUAGAUAGGAUAACCUACCCUGGCUGCGUUUAACAUUUUGAACUUGCAGUCGGAAUGUAAUAUAUUUUCGAAGUAAACAUCAUGGUGUUUCGAUGUAAAUGAAUGGCAGUGUUUAACACUGGAGUGCGGAUAACCUAGACUAAUCUUCGAAUUGUUGUACUCUACGGGUAAUGUAAGAGCUACAUACAAGCCACACCAGGAGAAACGUUCUCCAGUUGCGAGGAAAAUGAUUUCGGAAGAAGGAAGCAGCCAGUUAACCAAACAAGCUCUUGGAUUCCCCGUUGGAUUAUUGAUCCGGUCACCGAAAAGACGCCUCGCAAACUUGGGGAGAAAACCAAGUAAUGGAUCUCUACAGUCCAACAUGUCCAAUAGCACCACUCGAUCUGCGGAGAGCACUGGCGUCAGGCAACCAGCCAAGAGCAAGAUCCGACGCCACAACAACCGGCUGGCCAACGUGUUUAACCGCAGUCCCCUCCUGCAGGACAGUGGACCAGACCAGGGUGGGAGAGUCCAUCUAGGGGGCCUGCAAACAGUCAACGACCCUGCAGAGCUGUCCAGCCAGCUCUCUGCCCCAGGGAUCCUCAAAAUAUUCGGCAGUGAUAUCUGCCAAGGGGCCAAUUACAAGAGCGUGCUGGCCACGAUUCAUUCCAGUGCCAAACAGCUGGUUAAAGAGGCCUUGGAGAGGUACUGCCUGGAAAAGGAACAUCCAGAUGCAUAUGUGCUCUGUGAUGUGAUUGGCCAGACAGGAGCAAACUACAACUGGAAGACCGAAUGCCUUCGGGUCAUUGGUGACAAUGAGAGGCCCCUUAUGCUGCAGUCACUGUGGAAACCCAAAGAAGGCUUCUCCAGACGGUUCGAGAUCCAGAAAAGAACCACAGUUGAAGAUUGUAGUGCCAGACAAAGAGAGACAAUCACUGCAGGCCUCAAUGCUCAGGUUUGCAAGUUUCAGAAAUUGCACCCACGGGUCACCUCACUUUUUGUGGAUGGCAAUGAUGGAGAGGUGGAUAGCCUAGGCAUCUGGAGGAGCCUGAGUGACAUGGACCUUUCGGCCUUGGGCAAGGAGACCUGCAAGAUCCCCAGGGGUGUUCUGCAGGAGCAGCCAGAUGUGGAGACACGUGGCCUCAGCACGGAGAAGGAGGAGACGGAGAGCAGUGAUGACAACACAACUCAGUACUCAGUCCACCUGCCGUUUGACUUCCCCUACUUUCUCCUGCUGCAGGGCUACAGCCACAGACAAGACUUUGUCAUCUACCUUAUGAACGGGAACAGUUGUGUGUUUGGCUGCAGUGGGGAGCCCGGCGAGGAAGAGGAGAGCUUGAAAGUGGAUGUGCUGCUCUACGCCCCUGAUAUUCUGCCCCAGCAUUGCUGCGUGCGGCGCCUAGACUCUGGCAACCCCCCAACCGAGAGCAGUGGCAGGGGGACUCUUACCCUGCUACAGCCCCUCCAUGGAGCCCCAGUCACCCACAACGGUGUUCUGUUAAAGGACGAGGCCGAGCUUUUCCCAGGUGACCUAGUGGGCCUUGGUCAGCAUUAUCUCUUCAUGUUUAAGGACCCCACUGCCCCCAGCACCCAGCAGACACCCUCCUGGAUGGCCAACCUGUGCCGUCCUGCAGUAGCAUCGCCCUGUAAAACCUGUGAUUCCUCCAUAAGAAGGCCCAGGAGCCACAGGAGAGUGGCAGCCCGCUGGAGGGACCAGGAGGGCAGGGUACUCUCCGUUCCCUAUGAACUAGAGCAAGAGGACCAUGUUUUGGAAAAGAUCCUCACCAUGGUAGAUCCUGAGGGACAGGAGCCCAAGCUCAUUCCAGCCUUCCUGCUCUGUCUAUGCAUCCAGCACUCUGCUGCAAGCUUUGAGAUGAAGCACUUCCGUAAGCUAUUGCUGCAAAUUGCCAACCAGAUCCAGCUCACAAUGUGGGAGAGGACAAAAGAACUUGCUGUGCUUCAGCCAGACAUAGGCUCCGGGGACAGGCAGCUGGAAGCAAAGGAGCUGUGUCCAUCGAGCACGGCUGAGCUGAUUCGGAGUCUGCAGCAACUGGUGCUGUGGAUGGCCAACUCCAUCGAGCUGCUGCACUUCAUCCAGCACGAGGUGCCGCUGCUCCUUCCCUGGACGCGCCAGGAAGAGGAGCAGGCCAAAGAAUCGUUACAUUCUCAGAUCCUGUCUACUCGCACUGCCAGUGAAGAGGCCAUGACGGUCCUAGAGGAAGUCAUCAUGUUCACUUUCCAGCAAACUGUCUAUUACCUUACCAAAAGGUUGUACGUGGUGCUGCCAGGACUGCUGGACAGUAAUCCUUUCUCUGAGAGUGGGCAGCUGCGCAUGCCCAGGGGAGUCUGCAACAUCCUGGAUGUCCUGAAGGAGACACUACAGCUACUUAGCUCCUUUCAGGUGCAUGCAGAGAUCUCCUCACAGCUCCUGGCCUACCUCUUCUUCUUCACCAAUGCCUCCCUCUUCAACAUCCUCAUGGAGAGAGGUUCUGGAGAUGGGUUCUACCAGUGGUGCAGAGGGGUGCAGAUCCGGGCCAACCUGGAUCUGCUAAUGGACUGGACCCAGAGCAUUGGACUGGGUGACCUGGCUGCGGAGUUCUUCCAGAAACUCUCCUCAGCUGUCAAUCUGCUGGCCAGCCCUAAGGAGACCUUACUACAGGCGUCCUGGGCAUCUCUCAGAGCCGAGUUCAUCCACCUUAACCCAGCACAGCUUCAUCACAUGCUUAGAGAAUAUAACCCAGGCAGGGCAUGUCCGCCCUGCUGGACCCCUUCCCCAGAGGAUGCAGACGCUGCGCUCCGAACUUCCUCUCACUGUCCUCUUGGUUGCACAGUGAGCUUCAUCUACAUGGGGACAUGUCUCACUUGGUGUAUUUAUUGUCAAGCUGAAAUCCUGGAGAGUUUCGACAACCACCCUCCACUCAUCUUGCCCAACAGCAACUUUCACUUGGAGCUGGGGAAGCCCAUCACUGAGCCCACAUUCUUCUCCCAGCUCCAGUGCCUACAGGAGUUCAUCUAUGCUGCCGCCAACAGCCAGGCACAAAAUGAACAAUCUGUGCAGGGCUCCAGCAGUGGACUUACUAAGGAUGUGCAGUCGCUCUCCUCUCCAUCAGGCUCAGAACCAGAGUGGCACAGUCCGGUCUCAAGCUCUGGACCUACUGUUCACCUUAGUUGUGAAACUGAGGAGCCCCAGUACAUGUCUGGGUCUCCCCCUCAGGUCAGGGAGUCCCAUGGCGACCUGAGUUCAUGCGAAGCAGUGUUGACCCAGAAGCUGAAGAGCCUGGAGAUCCAGAGCAGCCUGCCCGGGGAAACGGACCUGGGCUACCACAAGCGCUUGGCCUUGGACCCCUCGUGCCUGCUCACCCCACCCAACACACCGCAGGGCCUGGAGCUAGCUGAGCUGGAGGAGGCAGCAUUGCAGGCUGGCCAGCACAUGGAAGUGGGGAACAUUCUUACAGAAAGUGAAGACCUCAGGAGAAAGCAUGAAGAGGAAGAUGAGGAUGAACAAGAUGAGGUGUUCACCAUCGAGCUGAGGAGAGGACCUCAUGGCCUCGGCCUGGCACUUGUGGAUGGACUGAAAACCCCUCUGAGGAUGAGUGGAAUCUAUAUAAAGUCAGUGGUGCCAGAGUCGCCUGCCGGCCAGUGUCAAAAACUCAGACUAGGUGAUCGUAUCCUGGCUGUGAAUGGAAUCAGUCUUGUGGGCUUGGACUACCACACUGGCAGGGAAAUCAUCUGGACAUCAGGAGACUGCCUGCGAUUUCUGGUAGCCAAAACCGAAGCCGGGAGCAGUGGCAGGAGCUCCACGGCCAGGUGCUGAAGCAAUGGAGAGCUGUAAAGACUGCAUGCUGAGGGUUCCUCCUAACUGGAUUAUCUGGUCAUUUUCUUUUAGGCUUCUGAGGUGAAGAUCUCAGAUAUAGGCACUGCAAGUACUGAGUACUAAAGCAAAGGGAAAAAUGUCUCUCCCUAAUAUCAGCAUACUGUUUGAGUUGAUAUUAAGAUUCUGUCUAUCUUUAAGAUGAUAGCAGUUGACAUUUAAAUCUACCAAAGACUCUAGUGGCAAGGUUCCUCCAACAAAUUGAGACCUGGGUUUUCAAAUUGAGAACUGCUCUUACUGCCUUCAAAGGUGAAGUCUCAAUUCGCUCUUCUGGUUGAAAAGAUGUAUACUAAGUAACUUUUUUAAAUCAGUGUUUAUUAAGGUAUAUAUUUACCUUUCAGUCAUCUGCAUUAAGUGCACCGUGGCUUUGGUUUGGUGAAAAGCUGUGAUUGACUCUUUGCAGUCAUUGGUCUACUUCAGUCUCAGACUAGCUUGUAUUUGUAAGAUGAUGGGACUUUUUAGCCUUUUAAAGCUCAAACCAUGUUUAACAUACAUUUGCAAAACCUAUACAUCAGAUUAGAACAAAUAACAUUAUUUCUUAAAUAUAUAUAUUAACCAAAGUCUCAUUUGUUUCAAAAUGUGUAAUUGUUCUGGUCAGAGCUAUUACUUUCUUUCUGAUAACAUGGAACCAGAGGCGUCACUCAUCUCAUUAGCCUUGUCUAUUUGGCAGCAGGUAUUACAGAUUGGUUUUUGUGAUGUAAACAUUUUGUGAUGUUUAAGACCAUGUUAUUUUUCCUUAUGUGCCAGAGGAACAGUGUUAUAUAAAUGUUACUGAUAUGUUAAGUAUCCAUUUGCAAUAUUUAUAAAAAUUUACA